UCACCAAUCCCCCUCCCCUAUCCAAAUUUUCCCCCAAAAGAAAGUUUGGUGAAUUUUUAAUCCCCACUCCUCCGGUCAAUUCUGGAUUUUCCUAAACUUUGAUUUCGAUUUAGACGAAACCGAUCAUCAUCAUAAUCCGAUGAUCAGCACAAUCUGAUCCGUUUUUCAAAUCCCGGAUACUUUAAAUUUCCGGUCAUGGCGGCCACGGCCAAGUCGUCAAUGGAUUACUGGAGGAGCUUUUUCCGGGCGGCGAAUUCCGAUAUAUUCGGCAUCAUCGACCACGCCAUCAUGGUCGCCGCCGCGGACUGCCCCAAGGAGUUCCGGCUGCGGCGCGAUCGCGUCGCCGAGCUGUUGUUUUCUUCCCGGAUGAGCCGGUGCUCCGGUUGCGAUAAGGUCGAGCUGGUUGUGCCGUGUGAUCAUGAGAUUGAGGAUGUUGAUGAUCGGGGUCGGGAGUUUGGGGCCGGAGCAAGUAAGGAGAGCAAGGUCAAUAGCAGCGGAGAUAAUGAUGAUCAGGUCAAGGACAGCAAUUACAGCUACGGAUUGGCCGAGGCUUUGACGGAUGAGAUUGAAGAAGAGUCUCAAGUUUUCGAGGAGGUUUUGAGGAUCAAAGAGGUCUUCCACAAUAGUGAACAUGAGUCUGAUGCUGUGUUGUACGAGUCAUUGAGGAAGCUUGAACUGAUGGCUCUGUCUGUGGAGACACUCAAGGCGACCGAGAUAGGGAAGGCGGUUAACCGCCUCAGGAAGCAUGGAUCGGCCAAGAUUCGUAACCUUGUUAGGACGCUGAUUGAUGGGUGGAAGGUGAUGGUGGAUGAAUGGGUGAAUGCUACUACAGCUAUUGCUUCCGGGGGGACUGAAGUUAUUUCGGAUGAUGUUGAUCCUUCGGUUGAUGAUGACUUUGAGGAAGGACUGCCUACUCCUCCAUUGGAUGAGGGGGCUUUCUUUGCUACUCAGACCGCCUCGAUGGAACUGUCCGAGUUUUUUGAUGGUAUGGAAGAUUAUGGGAAUCCUCGAAACAAUGGGCAGUAUGGUAGGAAUCGUGGGAAUGGGAGAAAACCGUCACUGGUUGUGAAGCAGGAACCACAAUAUUUAAGUGAUGAGGGAAAUGUGCCUCCCAGGAAGAUAAAGAGUGAACCCGUGAUGGUGAAACAAGAAGUUGAUGUGAUGAAGCCUAAUAGGCCCUCAAACACCAGCACUGGCCCUCGCAGACCUCCCAAAAUAAGUAUGGAGCAAAAAGGUGUCAGUAAUGUAACAAAUAUUGUACAAAGAACAGAUACGUCGACCAUUCAAAAGAGGCAAGUCACUGGUCAGCAGCAAGAUAAAUACAAGUGUUCAGAUGAAGUCGCAGUCCAAGUGAAGCUUGAAGCUACAAAAAGAAAACUCCAGGAGAGUUAUCAACAAGCUGAGAAUGCCAAGAAGCAACGUACAGUACAGGUAAUGGAAUUGCAUGAUCUCCCCAAGCAGGGGCUUGGCCAUAGGAAUCCACAUCUGAAACCUGGAAACCACAAUCGGCAAAGGGCACUUGGGCGGAGAUUUUAAGAAAAGGAAGAAGUUGAUCCCUUGUGUGAGAGUUGGGAUCCAUACACAGAUGGACAAACCUUGAUCUGGUGAGGAGAUCCUGUCAAGCUCAUUAGCAGCCCCCGUGAUGUAGAGGCCUUGUAUUCUGAGAUGGUUCAUUUGCAUUCCCAGGCAGAUGUGGCGUUCUAAUGGAUUUCAAAGUACAUACCAAGGAUUACAACUCCCAGGAGUUUUUAUUUUACCUUUAAAUGCAAAGACCAUCCUGUUGUGCUAUCAUUUGGUCCGUUGGCGACUUUAUACAUCAUUAUAAUGGAACACUCGUUUUAAUUACAUCUUUUUUAGUUAGGUGAACUAUACUCAUAUAGAGGAUAUAGGAAUUAGGACCGUGUAGAAGAACAAUUCUCUUUGCUAGCUGAAAACUUGCAAGUGAUCCAGGUUAAUUGGGUUGCUUAUGCUCCUUUCAUUAUCUUUCCGAAUGUGGAAUGAUAAUAUUGACCAAACAUGGUUUCUGUUAAGACACAUUGUUACUUGGAGAUCGAAUAAUAUAAAUUGACCUCAGCUGGUUUACGUUUACAGUU